CUCAACUUCCCCUGAAAACAACACCACGUGUGAGGGAAAUGAAUGGGUAGCUGUCAGCGCUGUCCACACAUGCACAUUCAACUGCAUUAAGAGCACGACUUACCGUUAACUGACCAACGUUUGUGUUCGUUUUAAAACUCAAAAGAACGCCACUUCUUGAGAAGAGUGACGGUGCUCACCAUGAGUUUUGUGGAGUACUCAGACUUCAUUCAGGACGGGGACGUGGCCAUCGUCUACCUGGGCCAUGAAUCCAUGAUGCCAGUCAAGGUGCAGCAGGGCGCCCAAACGCAGACGCGCUACGGAGCUAUUCGCCACUCCACAGACCUGAUAGGUCAGCGGUACGGAUCGAAGGUCACCUGCAGCAAAGGCGGCUGGGUCUACGUGCUUCACCCAACACCUGAGCUGUGGACGGUCACCCUGCCGCACCGCACACAGAUCCUCUACACCACCGACAUCGCCACCAUCACCAUGAUGCUGGAGCUGAAACCGGGCUCAGUCGUCUGCGAGUCAGGGACCGGUAGCGGCUCUCUCUCCCACGCCAUCCUGCGCACCAUCGCCCCCACAGGCCACCUGCACACGGUGGAGUUCCACCAGCAGCGGGCGGAGAAGGUGGCCGAGGAGUUCAAGGAGCACCACGUGGAUCACCUUGUCACUGUCAGGAACCAGGAUGUGUGCAAGGACGGCUUCGGGGUAACCGGGGUGGCGGACGCCGUCUUCCUCGACAUCCCCAGUCCCUGGGAGGCAGUGACACACGCCAAGGCUGCUAUGAAGAAACAAGGAGGUCGGGUGUGUUCGUUCUCUCCGUGUAUCGAGCAGGUUCAGAGGACAUGCGAGGCGUUGGUGGACCAGGGCUUCGAGGAGCUCAGCACCGUGGAGAUCCUGCUGAGAGUCCACGACGUGCGAACCGUCUCCCUGCCGCUGCCCGACUUCGGCCCUGACUCCUUAGCUCAGACUCAGCCCGACGUUGCAGAGAAAACGCCUCCAAUCCAGGCCUCCGUCGCCAUGAAGACCACCAUCCUGCCCAGAGAAAUGCCAGGUCACACAGGGUACCUCACCUUCGCUACCAAACCCAGAACCUAAAGGGAUUUUUCUUUAUUUUCCCCAUCAGAAUCUGCAGGAGUGAGUAACACUCCCUGUCGAGGAUGUGGGUGUUUGCUGUGAUGGAAGCUUCACAUUCAUCUUGUUGGGGGGGGGGGUGUAAUGUUAACUGUGAAUCUUACUUGGUGAUUCAGGUUUUGACGGUUAUUGUAAGUUAACACCACCACAGAUUGGGAAUAUAUUUUAACGAGGCCAGGCUGUGACCUGAAACUGCAAAUGUUUAUUGCUAUAGAAUGCAUUUAGUUGGAGAUAAUCUGCUUUAUGGCCAGAUAAAGUUGCACUAAUCAGUAUUUUGGAAUUAUCAAUGAAUCAAAUGAUUGUGUUAAGUGAAAGGUGCUGCUCAUAGAGUAUAACCACCAAAGAAUCAUCACCCAAAUCAAGUUUUUCCGUCUUUCAGCUCAUUGUUUUAGUUUUAUGUCCCGCAAAAAGCCAGACAUAACGUAAUAUAGCCCUUAAAAAGAAUAGGAGGACUGCUGAACUAUAAAUGAAUAGUUUGACUACAAAUUAUAAUCUUUCAGAACAGGUAAUUAUUUGAAGUAUCUAAGUGCUUUAUAAAUUUAAAUGUACCUUCUUUUUUUCUUUUUAUUUUGUCUGGCAUUGCAGGCAUUAAUUUCCAUAUCGUACAAAAUUCUUAGACUGGAGUUGUGUCAACAUGUCUGCAUUAAAGACAUUUCUGUUAAGGUAAUACAGUGCAGACUUUCUUUACCAUGCAAUGAUUAUGCAACAUUGAGUCAAAGUAAAGCAAACAUGAUAUUCGGUGCGAUUAAUAAAGUCGAGCUCAAGUUUUAA